AUGUCUGCAUCUCUCAGAACAAUUGCCCCGUUCUUACGGACGGCGCGCUCCUCCUUCAGGAAACCGGCGCAUCCUUUGAUCGCCCUGCAGAGACAGAGCGCGACCCCAGUCCUUAACCUUUACAGAGGAUAUGCUGUCUACGAGAGGACGAAGCCUCACGUGAACAUCGGCACCAUUGGUCACGUCGAUCAUGGAAAGACCACACUGUCCGCAGCUAUCACAAAGAGACAAGCCGACAAGGGAAUGGCAAACUUCCUCGACUAUGGCUCCAUCGAUAAGGCGCCCGAAGAGCGAAAGCGUGGUAUUACCAUCUCGACGGCGCACAUCGAGUACUCCACUGAGGCUCGUCACUACUCCCACGUCGACUGUCCCGGUCACGCCGAUUACAUCAAGAACAUGAUUACGGGUGCCGCCAACAUGGACGGUGCAAUCAUCGUCGUUGCUGCGUCCGAUGGUCAGAUGCCCCAGACCCGAGAGCAUCUUCUGCUGGCCCGACAGGUCGGUGUCCAGAAGAUUGUUGUCUUCGUCAACAAGGUUGAUGCCCUCGAGGACCCCGAGAUGUUGGAGCUUGUCGAGAUGGAGAUGCGUGAGCUGCUGAACACAUACGGCUUCGAGGGUGACGAGACCCCCGUCAUCCUGGGCUCUGCCCUGUGCGCUCUGGACGGCCGCCGACCAGAGAUUGGCGAGCAGAAGAUCGACGAGCUGCUAAAGGCCGUAGACGAGUGGAUCCCGACCCCUGAGCGUGACCUCGACAAGCCCUUCCUGAUGUCUGUCGAGGAUGUCUUCUCGAUUGCUGGCCGCGGUACCGUCGCAUCUGGCCGUGUCGAGCGUGGUGUGCUGAAGAAGGAUUCUGAGGUUGAGCUGGUCGGCAAGGGUGGUGAGGUCAUCAAGACCAAGGUCACCGACAUCGAGACCUUCAAGAAGUCCUGCGACGAGUCCCGCGCUGGUGACAACUCUGGUCUGCUGCUCCGUGGUGUCCGCAGAGAGGACGUCAGACGUGGAAUGGUCAUCACCAAGCCUGGCAGUGUUUCCGCCCACACUGAGUUCCUGAUCUCCAUGUACGUUCUGUCCAAGGAGGAAGGUGGUCGUCACACCGGUUUCCACGAGAACUACCGCCCUCAGAUGUACAUCCGUACCGCUGAUGAGUCUUGCGCUCUUUACUUCCCCGAGGGCACCGAGGACGCCAGCUCCAAGAUGGUCAUGCCCGGAGACAACGUUGAGAUGGUUGCCAAGCUCCACGCACCCUGUGCUGUCGAGGCUGGCCAGCGCGUGAACAUCCGUGAGGGAGGCAGGACCGUCGCCACUGGUCUGAUCACUAGAAUUAUCAAAUAA